AUGGAUAUUGAAAAAUAUAUCGAGGACUUCAAAAAUGAAGAACAUACCGCUAUCGAGAUUACAGAUGAAAUAUCAUUUCAUCGUAGAAUAAAAAAGAAUCUUGAAACUACCCUACCAAAAAAUAUUUUCAUUGGUCCGUUUAAUGUGAAUGUACAACCUUUGAAAGAAUUUUUAAUGACGAAGCGUGAAAAUUGCUCCACGCGAUUACUCAUUAUGUUUACGGACAAACUUCGUUAUAAAAUUACUGAAAUUUUGGACGAAUAUAUAGAAAUAAAUGUAAAAUUGAAAGAAGAAUCGAAAAAUGUAGAACAUUUAUUUGAUAAAAAAGAAUGGGUGGAAACGAUUCCGUUGACAGUAAAGGGUAUUGAUGAAAAUAUGCAGAAAGUGAAAAUUGAAUUUGACAUUUUAGAACAUUUUCGUUGGAAUUUAUCAGAUGAAGAUUUUAAUGCAAAAUGGGAAGCAAUUGGUUAUCCUCAUAAAAUAGAACAACUGAUCGCUGAAGCCGAGGAACGUUUUAUGGCAGAACAGGAUAAAUUUUUGAAAAAUCAAUUACAAGAUGAGAUAAUGUUGCAAGAGAAAAUAGAUACGCUUGUAGGAAGCGUUGCUAAUAUUGCAUUACAAACGAAUAUUAAUAUGGUACACGAGAUUGCUAUUGAUAUUAAAAGAGUUUGGAAAUCGAUGAAGGAAUCUCAGGAAACCGGAAUAAUGUUAAAUGAGCGUCAAAAAUUACUUGGACUUCCUGUUGUACCAUUCGAGAGUCUUAUCAAACUUAUGAAAGAUUUCGAGCCAUAUCAAACGCUUUGGACAACAGCAUCAGAUUGGUUGAAAUGGCAUGAAAUAUGGAUGGAAAAUCCUUUAAUAACGAUUGAUGGCACAAAUAUCGAAAAUUAUGUAAAUGAAAUGUACAAGGCAAUGUCCCGAAGCAUAAAAAUUUUCAAAGAAUUUCCAAAGAUUGUCGCUGUAGCCGAGAAUAUAAGGGAUCAGAUAGAAGACUUUAAGCCUUACAUAGGGAUGAUACAAUCUCUUAGGAAUCCAGGCAUGAAACCUCGACAUUUCGAUGAACUCAGCGUUAUCACUGGCAUACAAAUGGCACUAACACCAACAUUGACAUUCAAAGAAUUGAUUCUUCUUGGUAUUAUGCAGUACGAAGAAGUUGUAAUGAAAGUUGCUGAUGAAGCGGAAAAAGAAUAUUCGAUAGAAGGGAUUUUGGAUAAAAUGAUCAGCGCGUGGGAUACUAUAACAAUGGAUGUUAUUGCUUAUAAAAAUACAGGUACAUAUAUCAUGAAAAUUGCCGAUGAAACUUUAAUGCUCUUAGAUGAUCAUAUUUUAAAUGCGCAACAAAUUAGUUUUAGUCCUUUUAAAUUUGCAUUUGAGGAACGAUUCGAAGAGUGGGAUAAAAAAUUUAAAUUAUCACAAGAAGUUAUAUCUUUAUGGAUAGAGGUACAAAAACAUUGGAUGUACUUGGAACCAAUCUUUACUUCAGAAGAUAUUAGUCGACAAUUACCGGUGGAGACAAGAAAGUUCAAUACCAUGGAUCGUACAUGGAGAAGAAUAAUGAAAGCAGCCUACGACUGUCCUUACAUAAUGAAAAUCUGUCCAGAUAAUGUACUCUUAGAAAGUUUGAAGGAGUGCAUCACCCUAUUAGAAGUUGUACAAAAGGGUUUGGCUGAUUAUUUAGAAACUAAACGGAUGGUUUUCCCACGAUUUUUCUUUCUUAGUGACGAUGAGCUGCUCGAAAUAGUUGCUCAAACAAAAAAUGUGCAAGCCGUACAACCUCAUCUUAAAAAGUGUUUUGAAAAUAUGAGAGAAUUGAGAUUCGAAGAAGAUCUAGCUAUUACGAGAAUGUAUUCAGCGGAAUAUGAAGAAGUUGUGUUAAGACCACCAAUCUAUCCCGUAGGUAACGUUGAGAAUUGGUUGGGAUUGGUAGAAGCAGCUAUGCGUAAUACUUUAAGAGAAAUUAUUGGCGAGGCACUUCAAAUCGUUGAGGAAACAAGUAAAAAGGAAUGGGUGUAUAUGUGGCCUGGUCAAGUUGUUCUUUGUGGUGGUCAAACUUAUUGGACAGCUCACGUUGAAGAUGCCAUAAAAAAUAACGCACUGCGCUCUUUUUAUGCAGUGAUGUUAUCGCAAUUGGAUGAUCUACGGGAACUUAUAAGAAGUCCACUUACUGAAAUCCAAAGAUUAAUGCUCGAGGCUGUAAUUAUUAUCGAAGUACAUGCAAGAGAUGUUUUAUAUAAACUAAUUGAAGAAAAUGUAAUGAAUGUUAACGAUUUUGAUUGGAUAUCACAACUACGAUAUUAUUGGGUUGAUGAUAGCGAAUUAAAAGUUCGCGCGGUAAAUGCGGAGUUUUCAUACGGUUACGAGUACUUAGGUAACAACGGUAGAUUGGUUAUCACUCCUUUAACGGAUCGAUGUUAUUUAACUCUCACUGGCGCUCUUCACUUGAAAUUUGGUGGAGCACCUGCUGGACCAGCUGGAACUGGAAAAACUGAAACGACAAAAGAUUUAGCUAAAGCAUUUGCCAUUCAAUGUGUUGUUUUUAAUUGUUCCGAUCAGUUAGAUUUUUUGUCUAUGGGAAAAUUUUUCAAGGGUCUUGCCAGUGCAGGAGCAUGGGCAUGCUUUGACGAAUUUAAUAGAAUAGAUAUCGAAGUAUUAUCUGUAAUAGCACAACAAAUUAUGACUAUUCAGAAGGCUCAACAAAUUAGAGCUGAAGUAUUCAUCUUCGAGGGAGUAGAAAUUACACUUAAAGCUUCCUGUGCGAUUUUCAUCACGAUGAAUCCAGGUUACGCCGGUCGGACAGAAUUGCCUGAUAAUUUGAAAGCUCUUUUCCGUCCAGUUGCUAUGAUGGUGCCAAAUUAUGCUCUUAUCGCAGAGAUUUCUUUAUUCUCCUACGGAUUCUCUAAUGCUAAGACUCUCGCCGGAAAGAUAACAACUACUUUUAAAUUAAGUUCCGAGCAACUCAGUACACAGGAUCAUUAUGAUUUUGGAAUGCGUGCUGUAAAGACUGUUAUAGCGGUAGCGGGUAAUCUAAAAAGAGAAUUGAAAGAUGUUGACGAACAACAAAUUUGUUUACGCGCUUUAAGAGAUGUCAACGUCCCGAAAUUUUUAAGCGAUGAUCUGAAAUUAUUUAACGGGAUUGUAUCUGAUCUCUUUCCGCAAUUGACUGAAUUACCUGUAGACUAUGGAAUUCUUGAAGCGGAAAUCUGUAAAACUAUUUUAGAAAAGGGCUUAGAGAAAGUCGAUGAAUUUGUCAAGAAAAUUAUUCAGCUAUACGAGACGACUUUGGUACGUCACGGAUUGAUGUUAGUAGGACCAACUGGAUCUGGGAAAACAAAGUGUUAUCAAAUUCUAAGAGACGCUUGUACCAAUUUAAAAGGACAAUUACAGCCAAAUGGAAAAUUCUUUAUGCCAGUUUUCACAUACGUGCUUAAUCCAAAAGCUAUAACAAUGGGACAACUUUAUGGCGAGUAUGACCUUGAUACACAUGAGUGGACCGAUGGAAUUUUGUCGACUUUAAUCCGUGCAGGAACCGAAGCGACGGACGAAAAUAAACGUUGGUACGUCUUUGACGGACCAGUCGAUGCAGUUUGGAUAGAAAACAUGAAUACUGUAUUAGACGACAAUAAGAAACUUUGUUUGACUUCUGGAGAAAUUAUGAAGUUACAACCAACGCAGACAAUGAUAUUCGAAGUUGCUGAUCUUAGAGUAGCUUCUCCGGCUACCGUAUCAAGGUGUGGUAUGGUAUACAUGGAACCGGCGGGUCUUGGAUUAAAGCCUUUUGUUAAUUGCUGGAUCAAGUCUUUACCGACGAAGAUGCAAGAUAACGUGGAAACAAUAAAAAAACUGACAAAUGAAUUAUUAUUCCCCGGUAUAAAAAUUCUACGCGAACAACUAAAAGAAAUCGUAAGCACUGUGGAUUCAGCAAUAAUUCAGUCUUACAUAAAUCUCAUGAACUAUAGAAUCGGUCCUAUGGCUGGUAGAGAAGGCAAACCACCGCCGCCUUUGGUUUUUCAAAAAACAAUACCUGAUUUAUUAUCUCCAUGGACAGCUUUUGCUACAGUUUGGAGUUUAGGUGCUACUUGCAGUUACGAUGGUCGUUAUAUAUUUAGUACGUGGCUUCGAGAUGUACAAAAUAAUUUUCAACACAAAUUGCCAUUCCCUGAAGACGGUUUGGUAUAUGAUUACAGAUUACACGAUGGUGGUUUUACUGAUCCAAUCGAAGGACAAGAUCCGAUUCCACCGCAAUGGAUUAAAUGGUCAGACGAUAUUCCGAUCGUUAACAUAACUUCAGAAACUAAAUAUGCUGACAUUGAAAUUCCCACGAUGGAUAAUAUUCGACAUGCGACUUUGAUCGAAUAUUUAUUUAUAAACAAUAAUAAUGUAUUGUGCAUUGGACCAACUGGAAGUGGAAAGACUAUGACGAUUUCUACGAAAUUAUCUAGAAAUAUGCCAAAAAAAUUUAUUUGUGAUUUUAUAAUAUUUUCUGCAAGAACUACUGCUAAUCAAACUCAAGAUCUGAUUGAUGGAAAAUUAGAUAAAAGACGUAGAGAUGUAUAUGGUCCACCAUUAUUAAAAAAACAAAUAUUUUUCAUCGAUGACUUCAAUAUGCCAGCUCUAGAAACAUUUGGAGCACAACCACCUAUUGAAUUAAUUCGACAAUUUAUGGAUUUCAGCGGAUGGUACGACAGAAAGGAAAUCGGUAGCUUUAGACUGAUCGAAGACGUAAAUUUUAUUGGUGCCAUGGGACCACCUGGAGGUGGAAGAAACCCAGUAACCCCUCGACUCUUACGACAUUUCCAUUUCAUUGCAUUUCCAGAAAUGGAGGACAGUGCCAAGGCGAGCAUCUUUGGGAUUAUUUUAAAUUCUUGGCUUUCGAAAACACCAAAUUAUAUAGUUUUAUUAAAGCCGAUAGUAAAUAUUACACUUAAUAUAUUUACCACAAUAUGCAGGGAACUAUUGCCAACGCCUGACAAAUCUCAUUACACUUACAACCUUCGAGAUCUUAGUAAAGUAUUUCAAGGUAUUCUCAUGGCAGAUCCAACGAAAAUUAAUAGUUAUGAACAUUUAUUUUUAUUGUGGUAUCAUGAAAACACGCGUGUUUUUAGCGAUCGUUUGAUCAAUCAAGAUGAUAGAAAUUGGUUCAGCAAACUUUUAAAUGAUACUUUAAAGGAACAAUUCGAUUACGAUAUAACUGAUCUUACAAAAGAUAAAGUUUUAUUUUAUAGUGAUUUUUGUGGUUUGUCUGGACAAUACGAACGAAUUACCAACUUUCGAAAGAUAGAACACGUUCUUCUCGAAUUUUUAGAAGAUUAUAACAACAUAACAACUUCUCCAAUGAAAUUAGUAUUAUUUCAAGAUGCUGUAGAUCAUAUUUGUAGAAUUAUACGUAUCCUUCGACAACCUCGAGGAAAUGGACUUUUAUUAGGAAUGGGUGGAUCAGGUCGACAAAGCUUAACGAAGCUUUCUUGUCAUAUACGAGAGUAUAAUUACUUUCAGAUAGAACUCAGUAAAGCUUAUUCAAAUCAUGAUUGGCGUGAUGAUAUAAAAAAUAUGAUGUUAAAAUCAGGUUUAGAAAAUCAAAUAAUGGUUUUCUUAUUUUCGGAUACUCAGAUAAAAGGAGACUUCAUGUUGGAAGAUUUAAACAAUAUAUUAAACAAUGGCGACGUACCAAAUAUAUAUAGUUCCGAGGAAAUGGAAAAAAUAUUUCAAGCGAUGCGUGGCCCGGUUCAAGAGGCUGGAUUACAAAUCAAUAGAAGUAAUCUCUUUUCGACGUAUCUGAAAGUGAUCAAAAACAAUUUGCAUACUAUGAUUACAAUGAGUCCCAUCGGUGAGUUAUUCCGGGCUCGCAUUAGGCAAUUUCCUGCUCUCGUGAAUUGCUGUACGAUCGAUUGGUUUUUCCCGUGGCCGGAUGCAGCUCUACAGGCUGUUGCAAUGUAUUUCCUUGCGGAUAUUAAAGAUGAAUCCAUUAAUGAAACUGUCCUAAAGUCAAUUGUAAAGACUUGUCAAUUUAUGCAUUCUAGCGUGAUAAAAGCGAGUGAUCGUUUUUUGAUGGAAUUGAAUCGACAUAAUUAUGUAACGCCUACCUCUUAUUUACAAUUACUAUCCGGUUACGGUGGUCUCUUAUCUAAAAAGAAACAGGACCUACAUUCUGGAAUGACUCGUCUAUCAACGGAAGCGGAUAAUGAUGCAACAUUCGCUAAAGAUAAACAACGUGGCGACGAACUAUACGAGCGCUUAAAUAAGCUUAUAAGCACGGAGGCAGAAGUAAAGGAGAUGCAAGGUAUUCUCAAGGCAAUGAAACCUGAUCUGGAACAAGCAACAGUGGCAACUGCAAAGAUGAUCGUUCAAAUCACAAAAGAUACUGCCGAGGCUGAGCAAACAAGAGCAGAGGCGAUGAAACAGGAGGAGGUUGCUACGAAAUUAAAAAACGAGAAUCAAUUAAUCAGAGAUGAAGCUGAAACUGACUUAAGUGAAGCCAAACCAAUGCUUGAUGCUGCUGAAGCAAGCCUAAAAGCAUUGAACAAGGGUGAUAUUACUGAGGUGAAAGCUAUGAAAAGACCACCAGUUGGAGUACUUCUCGUUAUCGAAGCUAUGUGUAUCGUGAAUAACGUUAAACCUAAUAGGUUACCAGGUAAACAACCUGGUGAAAAGAUAUUAGAUUAUUGGACACCCGGUAGUCAAAUGCUGGCAGAUGCUGGACAUUUUUUAAAUAUGAUGGUAAAUUUCAAUAAAGAAAACAUAACAGAAGAGAUGAUUAAUAAACUGAAGCAUUAUAUUGAGGAUCCAAAUUUUCAACCUCCAAAGAUUCUUCAAGUUUCUAAAGCCUGUCACUCGCUUUGUCUCUGGAUACACGCUAUGUACAAUUAUUACUUUGUGAAUCUAAAAGUUAAGCCUAAAAUGGAGACAUUAGCAAAGGCCGAAGAAGUAUUGGCAGAAACGGAGAAAGCUUUAGUUGCUGCUAUGAAUAGGUUGCAGGAAGUAGAGAGAAGAGUACAAAACCUUAAAGAUACCUUGCAAGAUAAGGAAAAUAAAAAAGCAGAAUUAGAGAGGCAAAAGCAGCUUUGUGAGGAAAGAAUGGCGAGGGCGGUUAAACUUGUUAGUGGGCUUGCGGAAGAACAAAUACGAUGGACGUUCACUCUCUCUGAAAUGAAAAUAUCGUUAAAAAAUGUUGUAGGAGAUAUUUUAUUAUCCUCUGGUGCGAUAGCAUAUCUGACACCCUUUACCGAUGUUUAUCGGAAAACUCUUUUGACAUCUUGGUAUGAAGUUAUAGGCGAGGGAGUACCUCAUACACCGAACUGCACACCCAUAUCGACGUUAGGUGAUCAAGUACUGAUUAGAAGAUGGCAAUUGGACGGUUUACCAAGAGACCUUGUUUCUGUUGAAAACGCUGUACUGGUAGUGCAUUCAGAACGAUGGCCACUGUUUAUCGAUCCACAAGGACAAGCCAAUAAAUGGAUUCGUAGAACGUACAAAGAUGUUGGUUUAUCUAUUACAAAAAUGAUGAGCAAGGAUAUUUUACAUGUACUUGAAAGUUGUAUUCGCUUUGGUAAACCGUGCUUGAUAGAAAACGUUGGUGUCGAAUUUGAAUCCGUUUUAGAUCCUAUUCUUAUGCGAUCGUAUUUCAAGCACGCUGGGCAAAUAAGUAUUAAAGUAGGUGAUAACGUUGUUCCAUAUAAUCCAGAGUUUCGUCUAUUUCUGACGACGAAAUUACCAAAUCCUCAUUAUAUGCCGGAAGUAUUAGUAAAGGUGUUGUUGGUAAAUUUUGCAUUAACCGCUAGUGGUCUUCUCGAUCAAAUGAUGAGUUUAGUGACGAUACAAGAACGUCCAGAUCUCGAACAAAUUCGAAAUUCUCUUAUAAUAUCUAAUGCGGAAAUGAAGAAAGAUUUGAAGGAGCUCGAAGAUAGAAUUCUAUAUAAGUUAACAACUUCCGAGGGUUCAACGGUUGACGAUAUUGAUUUAAUCCUGACGUUGGACGCUUCUAAAGCAAAGAGCGAAGAGAUAAAGAUAAAAGUUAAAGCAGCGGAAGAAACUCAAUUGGAUAUAGAAUCUACGAGAUCAUUAUAUAUUCCUGUUGCGGAUAGAGCACAAAUAUUAUUUUUUUGCCUUUAUGAUUUACAAUAUAUAGAUACGAUGUAUCAAUAUUCUUUGGAAUGGUUUAUCUCAAUAUUUAAUAACAGUAUACUUUCUGUCGAGAAAACUAGUAACCUUGAUGAACGAAUAGCUAACAUUAUGAAACGUUUUACUUUCGACUUAUUUUGUAACGUUUGUCGAAGCCUAUUCGAAAAACACAAAUUACACUUUGCAUUCCUUGUUUGCGCUCGCAUUCGUGUUAAUGCAAAAUUAAUAGAUUCCGUCGAAUGGAUACAUUUCUUAUCUGAAGUUAUCCCUAUUUUGAAUUUACCAAAUCCAGAUCCAAAAUGGAUAUCUGCGCGAUGCUGGAAAGAGAUUCAGGCUUUAGAAAUUCUUCCAAAUUUCAAAGAAUUUGUUAUAUCCUUUCAGCAAUUAUUGGUUCCAUUCAAAUAUAUAUUUGAUACUCAAGAAGCACAUUUAAUUGAAUUUCCUGAACCUUGGCAAACAAAACUGGAUGAUUUUGAAAAAAUGUUAGUCCUGAAGUGUCUUCGUCCUGAUAAAAUUAUCAAUGCUAUACAAAUGUACUUGAGUAAAUAUUUGGGUAAAGAAUUCGUGGAACCACAAACAACGGAAAUCAGUGCACUUUACAAGGAAUCAACUCCGAUUACACCUUUGGUAUUUGUGCUAUCUACUGGUACUGAUCCAGCUGUUCAAUUAUACACAUUUGCGGAAAAGCAAAAAAUGGAUAAAAGAUUAUUUUCCAUAUCCCUUGGACAAGGGCAAGGUCCAAGAGCGGAAGCUAUGUUAAAGCAGUCCGCAGAACUUGGAAAUUGGGUAUUUUUUCAGAAUUGUCAUUUAGCACCAAGCUGGAUGCCGCAUUUGGAAGCAUUAGUUGAAAUUUUAACAGAAAAGACGCAUAGUGAUUUUCGUUUAUGGUUGACUUCCGCUCCGUCGCCAGAUUUUCCUGUAAGCAUUUUACAGAAUGGUCACAAAAUGACGAUGGAACCUCCAAGAGGUGUAAAGGCUAAUUUGUUUCGGGCAUAUUUGACACAAGUCAUCGAAAUGAAAAAUUUUCUUGAAUCGGAGCAUCCAAAAGUAGAACCGUUUAAAUAUCUUGUUUUUUCCUUAUGCUUGUUUCAUUCACUUUUAUUGGAAAGACGUAAAUUCGGUUCACUUGGUUUCAACAUACCAUAUGAAUUUACAAGUGGAGAUUUAGCUAUUUGUUUGUCACAAUUACAUAUGUUCCUCAUGGAAUAUACAAUUAUACCAUUUAAGGUUCUCAUUUAUACCGCUGGACACAUCAAUUAUGGUGGACGAAUAACGGACGAUUGGGAUCGCAGAUGCGUUUUAACGAUAUUGGAGGAUUUUUAUAAAGUCGAAGUAGUUUCAAGCUAUUUUCGUUUCGAUGAUAAAGGGAUUUAUUAUCAAUUACCGGCUGUCAGCACAUUCAACGAAUACAUAGAAUACAUUACAACUCUUCCUCUCAAUGACGAUCCAAUGCUUUUCGGAAUGCAUUCAAAUGCAGAUAUAAGUUUUGCACAAGCUGAAGCAUAUAUAUGUCUCGAAACCCUAUUUAAUUUACAACCAAAAGAGAUUAGUAGUAUAGAAGUAAGCGUUGAAGAUAUCGCUACUCGUCAAGCGCAAGAAAUGUUAAGCACGUUACCCGAGUCUUUUGAUUUGAUUGCUAUACAAAAGAAGUAUCCUGUUCUAUAUCAAGAAUCAUUUAAUACGGUAUUACUGCAGGAAGCCAAAAGAUAUAAUGGAUUAUUAAAAGUAAUAAGAUCAUCUUUAGAUGAUCUAUUGAAAGCAUUAAAGGGUUCAGUUGUAAUGUCUGAAAUUUUGGAAACAAUGAAUAAAAAUAUUUCCAAUAACAAGAUACCAAUAAUUUGGCAAGAUAAAGGUUAUCCUUCUUUGAAGCCACUUGGAGCUUGGUUUCUUGAUUUGAAAGAGCGCAUCAAAUUUAUUAACACAUGGUACGACAAAGGUAUACCAUCGGCUUUUUGGAUUUCGGGAUUUUAUUUUCCACAAGCAUUUUUAACAGCGACAUUACAAAAUUAUGCGAGAAAAUAUGUUAUUUCCAUCGAUACGAUUGACUUUAAUUUUGUGGUAUUAUCUUCAAAGCCAAUGCAUAAACCAGAGGAUGGUUGUGUAGUAUACGGUUUGUUCCUUGAGGGUUGCCGAUGGGGAGGAACCUAUUUAGAAGAAUCACAUCCAAAGGAAUUGUAUACCGAGAUGUCUCCUAUACUUUUACUCCCAGAAAUAAAUCAUGAAGUGUUCGAGGAUAGGAUUUAUAUAUGUCCCGUAUAUAAGACGAUUGCACGAGCUGGUACAUUAAGUACGACGGGACAUUCGACAAAUUUUGUCUUAGCCAUGGAAAUACCAAGCAAAAAUCCACAAGCACAUUGGAUAAAACGAGGCGUAGCAAUGAUAUGUGCGUUAAAUUAUUAGAACAUUUUUUCUAU